AGAAGAAAGUAGCAAGCCGGAGUCGAGAGCCUCUCAACCCAUCGGCCAUCGCCCACCACCGCCAUUCGCCACCACCUCGCCUCCGAUUCAGAUCUCCCUCCCCCCCUUCCAUUCCACGCCCAUCGGAUUCCCUCCCGAUUCCGCUCCAUUCCUCCCCGCCUCCGCCCCCAUCUCCGCCGACCUCGUCGUCGUCGGCGUCCUCAUCCAGGCAGUCUCGGCGGCGAUUCGAUCGCCGCCACGGUCGCCGAUGGAGGCCAUCCGGAAGCAGGCGUCCAAGCUCCGGGAGCAGGUCGCCCGGCAGCAGCAGGCCGUGAUGAAGCAGUUCGGGGGCGGGUACGGCGCGGACGGCGCGUUCGCCGACGAGGCCGAGGCGCAGCAGCACUCCAAGCUCGAGAAGCUCUACAUCUCCACGCGCGCCGCUAAGCACUUCCAAAGGGACAUAGUUCGCGGGGUGGAGGGAUACAUUGUCACAGGGUCGAAGCAGGUCGAAAUCGGUAAUAAGUUAUGCGAGGAUGGCAAGAAGUAUGGAGCGGAGAACACUUGCACCAGCGGAAGCACGCUGUCGAAGGCGGCGUUGUGUUUCGCCAAAGCACGCUCACUGAUGGAGAAGGAGAGAGGGAACCUGCUGAAAGCACUGGGUACUCAGGUGGCAGAACCGUUGAGGGCUAUGGUGAUGGGAGCUCCUUUGGAAGAUGCUCGCCAUCUUGCCCAAAGAUACGACAGGAUGCGUCAGGAAGCCGAAGCACAGGCUAUUGAAGUCUCGAAGCGCCAAAUGAAAUUAAGAGAAACAUCUGGGAAUGGUGAUAUGAUUUCAAGAUUAGAGGCUGCUGAAUCAAAGUUGCAAGAGUUAAAGUCAAACAUGGGGGUUCUAGGCAAGGAAGCCGUUGCAUCAAUGACUGCUGUUGAAGCUCAACAGCAAAGACUGACCUUGCAACGACUAAUUGCAAUGGUCGAAUCUGAGAGAAGUUAUCACCAGAGGGUUCUGCAGAUUCUUGAUCAACUUGAAAGAGAGAUGGUAUCUGAGCGCCAAAGAAUUGAAGGAGCACCUCCUCCAGCUGUUGAGAGUUCUAUGCCACCACCACCUUCAUAUGAAGAAAUUAACGGUGUUUUCAUGAGGAAUCCAACAGUCGCUGAAUUGGUGGAAACUGUGGAAUUCUUCUUGGCUGAGGCCAUCCAGUCUUAUCGUGCUGAGAGUGAAACUGAGCUCAACCUGGCAGCUGGUGACUAUAUAGUUGUCCGGAAGGUGUCAAACAAUGGAUGGGCAGAAGGUGAAUGCAGAGGGAAAGCUGGCUGGUUCCCUUACGACUACAUCGAGAAAAGGGACCGUGUGCUUGCAAGUAAAGUCGCCCAGGUCUUCUAGGCGUUCAAUGAGCCAUACAUACAUAACCCUGGUGUUGUACACUGUAUUAUGAUCGUUCGUGAUCUUCAAAGACCCUCUGAUCAGAGAAAUCACAAAUAUUCUUUUGUUCUAUUAUUGUCAUUAUCACUACCCCUUUUGUCAAAACCAGUGCAGCCUUUUGUAUGACAUCUUGUUGCAUGGCUAGCUUUCUGAAUAUUUCAAAAUA